ACAGCGGUUCCAAUUUCACCGUCUACUAAGAAGUAUUUUGAAGUAAAAAUGAAGCUGUCUCUGUACUUCGUGGUACUGGCUACUAUUUUCAUUCAUGCUGAGGCCGCUCCAGCUGUAGAUUCUGAUGAACAGGAAAACGGAGAAAGCUCGUACGUUGAUGGAUCAGGUACCGGAAGUGGUAACUCAGCCGUCAGUGGAAGAGGAAGCUUGGUAAUUGAUGCACAAUCUAAUAGCGGAUCAGGUGAUGGAUCAGAAACCAGGUCAGGAAAUUUUUUCUUGGAUGGAUUUCUUAACAGAGAAGGUGCUUCAUCAUCCGGACGUGUGUUAGUUAGAGGAUCAACAAAGGAUUCUGCUGAUGGAGAAGAUGGCGGAGACGGUAUUAGAACUGUGACAGUUGACGUGAAAGGUAGCCGGGUAGCAGAUGAUGGAUUAGGUAUCGGAAAUCUUGAUCUGAAACUGGACAUUUUUCUGUUGGGUAGUAAUCGUAGGAGAUCAGCUUUUGUGCAAGAAGUAUUUCCAGUAGAAGGUGCAACUGUUGUUUAAGGCGCAGUCCUUAGGAAAAGUUGCUUAUUGAGGAGUUUCAGAUUCAGCCGCGGAGAAGUUCUCUUCGUUGCCCUGAUAUACUGUAGUUUGUAGUAUCAGCAAAAUAAAAUGUAAAAAAAAUGAUAAACUGUAUUUCGUUUCGCAUGUGUAAAAUCAAUAAAUAAAAUGAUUAAAAACUGCA